AACUUACACAAAGUUCGUACACACGUCGGGAUCAUUUGGACGCCGAUUCGCUCGACGACAUGGUGAACGCAACUUUUCUUGUCGUAUGUGCUACUGUAGCGUUCGUCAUCUGUGCCUCUCCUGGAGGGGCACAGGACAUGGAGCUGUCUGAGGAAGCAGAAUUGGAGGUGCCCGGUCCACUGAAGGCCGACUGCGAAUGGGUGAGAAGAGAUGAUACGAAGAAGCCGUGGACUAUCACGACAUUCUUCAAGUCGAUCAGACGCUCCACGGAGCUAAAAUGCAAAGAUGAAUGUGAUAAGCGCGUCAUCUGCGGCUACGCUGUCUUCAAUAACAGGACCAGGGAGUGCCAGCUAGUUCCGAGGAGAGCGUUCCAUGAGAGUUAUCUAACCGCACAGGGGAUAUUUGUAAUGUGGGAGAAGGAAUGUCCCAUUGAGCACAUCUGGAACCGCGAUGACGACCCCUCCCGUAUGGUCAUGUGCCCUAUGAAGACGCCAACGGACUCGUCUGCUCGUCUCUCCCCAAAAUACGCCUACAAGGUAGCAAAGUAUAUCGACAACGACUAUGACGCAGUCUGGUGGUGUCAGAGGGACCCGGUAUGCCAAGGGGUCUACAGGAACAGAACUUACAACAACAUCCAUGUGUUUCUCUACAAGGCAGUCUCUGUUGGAGCUGACGAGGCGACUGGUGAAAUAUCUGAAGUCCGAGUCAAGAACUGCACACCAUCUGAACCGCUUGUGGGAGAUAAAUGCUUUUUCACCGCUUACAAUCGCAAAGUAGUCAACACAGGGACGAAUGGGACCGCUUACCAGGUGGUGAAAUACAAGAAUUUCCAGGAAUGUUACUCGAUGUGCCUCCAAAAUAACGACUGCUACGCGGCUGCUGCAGACGAGGACAGCUUUCGCCGAGGCAGGAGUCAUUGCAGACUAUACCGUAAAGAGAGCUUUCAUGGAUUGCAGGAUUUCAAGAAGAUGUUUGAUAAUGCGAAAGUUUGGGUGAGGGAUUUCUGCGGCAGCGCGGAUCGAAAGUAAAGCAUGGAAAUGGAGUCUUCGUCAAUUUCUUCGGCCAUUUAAUGACCUUGUGUGGGAGAAAUCUCCUUACAUGUAAUUUCUUCUGCAAUAAAAGUCUGUGGCCACAUUAGGCUACUGUUUUGAUCAA